AGGUUUCCACAGAGGAAUAUUUUGCAGCUUCACACCGAGAGAAAGGAGAGUAGACAGAGAGUGAUUUAGGUUAACGCACUUGAACAUAGAGAAGCCUCGGGUGACUGUUUGCUCCUCACAACUCUAACUGACCUAUUUUCAGUUGUUCAGCAAGUUUGUUUGAUAUUGUCAAAACAUGCUGAGAAUCCUAGAACCCUCACACCUUUCUUCGUCAGAAGAAGUUGGAAAUUCCAACCUGCAUUUUAUCAGUCAAACUACAGAAGCUAACAUCUUCAAAGUCUUACAAAAUGCAAAAGAUGAGAUACUCUUGUCAUUGGUUUAGGAUAUUUUUUAAAGUAGUAUGAGACCUCAUUUUGCAGGUAAACUAAUACUCAGCUGAAUCUGUACGCUGUUAACUCCUAGAAAGCCCUCUUCAUUCUGAAAUGGGGAAUUAUUUCUCUCUUUCCUUAUUGUAAUCUAUGUGUAUGUAUCAACAAUAACAUGAUCCCAAAAAAACAAGUAAGCCUUGAACCAGGAGUUUGACACUAACCUUACUUGACAUACAUGAAAAGUAGUACAUGGCCUUUUGUGCACAUGCCAGCUGGUCGUAAAGGUGCCGGGUCUGCUGUCCACAGAGCUGCCAUGCUAAGAAGAGCCAGGAACGGCCGGGCUAGGCAUUUGGCCUGGAGUGAACAACGGCAAGAGACAGAUGCCAUGGCAGUGAUCCAGCUGUCAGACUGGGAGGAAUGGGAGGGCCAGACGACAACACAGAUCAACGAUGUGGAGUCUGAGGUGGAUUACCUGGAGAGUGCUCAGACCGUAUCUGAGGUGGUGGCCUUGCCCAACACAGCGCCGGUGACAGGGGAGUCUUUCUGCCAAUGUGACCGACAGGAAGAGCUCAUCCCAGGCUUUGGGGUCAGCAGUGACUGCCUCUGUGGGGAGGAGGAUGAGGGUUUUGACUGGGAGUGGGAUGAGCACUUCAAGUCUUCCGGAGCCUUCCUAAGCUGCGACAACAGGAAGGUGAGCUUUCACUCAGACUACAGCUGCGGCACGGCUGCCAUCCGUGGCACCAAGGAGCUUACAGACGGCCAACACUUCUGGGAAGUCAAGAUGACUUCUCCCGUCUAUGGAACCGAUAUGAUGGUGGGAAUUGGGACUUCAGAGGUGAACCUGGAGAAGUUCAAAUUCAGCUUUGGCAGCCUUCUGGGCCAUGACGAAGACAGUUGGGGGCUCUCCUACACAGGUCUCCUCCAGCACAAAGGGGACAAAGUGAAGUUCUCCUCUCGGUUUGGCCAAGGCUCCAUCAUAGGAGUGCACCUGGACACCUGGCAUGGCACCCUGACCUUCUACAAGAACCGGCACUGCAUAGGUGUUGCUGCCACACGGCUGCAGAACAAGAAGUUCUACCCCAUGGUGUGCUCCACAGCAGCUAAAAGCAGUAUGAAGGUUAUCCGUGCCUGCUACACACCCACCUCCCUGCAGUACUUUUGCUGUGCCCAGCUCCGCCAAAUGUUGCCCCACUGCCCCGAUGUACUUGACGCUAUGGAGCUGCCCCCAGGCCUGCGCACCCUCCUCCAAAUACAGCUAGGCUGGGUCUUCACCCUCAGCAGCAACCCUGAAGCCUCGGAGCAGCCCGAGGACUUGCCUGAGGACUUCCACGAGGAGAUGAGCCUGCCUUCCAGCCCCAGCCCCAUCCCGAGCCCAGUCUCCACCCUGAGUGCCUGUGCCUCCCCGAGCCCCUGCACCAGCCCAUUACUCGACACAAUCCCGCAUCAGUGCCCCUGUCAAACGUCACCUCAAAAUCAACCUUGCACUUGCCACUGCCCUCCAACUCCUCCCAGCAGCGACUACGACAGCUGCUGCUCCGAACCGGAGGAUUACCAAUGCAAGAGAUGCCGCUGGACAUGACGAGUAGUCAAAAACCUAUCUGAAAGUGUUUGGCACAAAGCUAUUCUACCAUUGCCAUUGACAUCUCCUGUUGGAAAUCAUGGAGAUAAGAGCAGUCUCAUCUUUUAGCCAAUAUUUGUUAAUCUACAUUUUGAGUGGAUUGUUACAUCUCUUUUUUAUUUAACAAGUUUGUGACAACUUUGUCAGGGAAUGGGGAGAAGGGAAUGAGUGAGACAUGUAAAGAAGUUGAGAUUUUAGAAAGACAUCGAGGUCAUUCAUUCUCGUUUUAGCCAAUUUCUAUCUUGAUGUUAACACUGUCUUUGGAGGGCUUGAUGUUUGCCAGAUUAGACUCUGACAGAGAAAAAAAAAAACACUAACAAAAACUUGGAAAACGUGUUACAGUGUAAAUUUGUUAUUCUCAGGGAUAGACUCCAGGGGGAAAGGAGUUGCUCUUUUGAUACUUUGGAAAUCACUUUUUGUAAAUGUGUUUUGUAAUCAUCCUUUGGCUUGAACAUCAACAAUGGUUGUGUUCUUGCUUGAAAAGAGAGUUUGUUUUUCUAUUUACAGUUUGUUUAUGAACUUUCUUACUCAGGAAAUUCUCUAAAAUAAAAGAAAAAUUACAA